GAUAUAAAGAGAUUAUUUUCGAAAUCAUACUAAUACACACCGACCACAGCUUUCGCAGAAGCGGUGCUCCCAAUGCCGAGACUGUGGAGGAUUCGUGGCAUAACUGGAGAAUAAAAAUGACCGGGCGAAUGUCUUUCUGCUGUCAUCAGCAUAGUCACUCUGCAGACAUUAUGUCCAUAGCAACGCUACAGCAUUCACUAAACUGUUGACAUUUAGUUCUCAUUUGUUACUCAGUCUUUUCGAGAAGAAUACUUGUCAAGAACAUGGCUGUUUUCUUGAACGAAUCGUGUGUUAUAUCUCAAAUACUUAGUCACAUAGGGUAUGAUAGAGGUAUGAGAACAGUCAGGCAAAAUGCUUACAAAUGUAUGGAGACGUCACUUAGUAGAAAUUUGCUGUUUCAACAAACUGUUAUAUCGGGGAGUAAGGGUGAGGGACUAUCAGCUCUGUAUGAAAGUGACUUUGAUUUUAUGUAUGUUCUUCCAAAUGUUGUGUGUUCAGAACACCCAGUGCAGCUUUACAGCGGAGAACAAAUGAAUAGGUUUGUUUUAUUUAAGCGAGGUUUCGCACCAGGAUACGCCUUACUUCAGCUAAUAAAUAUUUGUGAAAAUUUGCCUGUCACAGAUAUUAUAAAAGAUUGUCUAGUGGAGCUUUUACCAGAGCAAUAUUACAUUUCUAGUGAUAUAUGGAAACAGAUAUUUAAACAGAGCAGUAUUGAGUCCUGUCUUCAACCAGGCAAUCGUGGUCUCAGAACCACUAGUAAUGAAACGCAUGGUCCGUCAGUCGUAAUAUCACAAUUUCAGACUGAUUGUGAUAGAGUUUAUACUAUGAUCUGUUACUGUCCAACUUAUCUGUAUUCUUGGGUGACUAGAAAACGUCAAUACAACUGGCCUACCACCGCUGUCAUCGAAGAAGUGUCCGAGUUGGAAUCACAUGCGGUACCAGUGGGUAACAUAAAUAGUCCUUUACAAUUCUUGGAAUGGAGGAUAUGCUACACUAGAGGUGAAAUUAAGCUAAUCCACACCUUGCCGGAUUGCCUGGUUAAAGUAUACAUCUUAAUGAAGGCAAUAGCAAAAGUAGCUUUAAAGCCAAUAAGUAAAGACAUGUCAAGCUAUAUUAUAAAGAACAUAGUUUUGUGGACGGCUGAGCUCAGCCCUUUUGUAUGCUUCUCGGAGGGGAAUUUGGUAACAAUUCUGCAAUAUGCUUUGAAAUUCCUUAAACAAUGCCUCGUUCAAAACAACUUACCAAGUUAUAUGAUACCUGAGAGAAAUCUGUUUGCAGACAGGGUAACGUUACAACAACGUAGUAGACUUUGCAUGAGGAUACACUCUCUCCUCAGAGAGGGACCUAGUGUUGUGCUGAGAGUUAAGAAGAUGAGAGAUGCUCUCAACAUGCUCUAUCGUUCACCGGAAGAAUUUCGGUUAUUUUCUGUACGCCGCCAGAAAGUGGAAACGCUGAUGCUACUGUUCAAUGUCUACACCUCGGAGAACUUUAGUGGUGGCAUUCGGGAUAUUGAAACAAAUAUUAGAAUUUUAUUAACUGAUGGCGUCUUUAACAAAAUUGGACAGUGUGUAUGUAUUAUUCUUGGCCUCGAUGGUAUUUCUGGUGAUGCAGCAUUGAGAAUAGAUCCCGACGAUGUUAUCAGAACUGUACGUGGUACUGAGGAAGGCCGUUUGAUAAGCAUACUUAGGAAAUACGUUUACUAACUGGAUCAAGGUGGAUCUGAUUUUUACAUGCCAUGAUACACAAAAAGCACAAAUUGUUGUGUUUUUUUAACUAGUGAGAACAAUUUUAAUCUUGAUUUUGUAAGCAGUUCAUGGAUCAUAACCGUAGACGAAUCUUUCAUAAAAACCCUACUUGGUCUCUUUUAUGCAUGUUUGGAAUAUUGAAAGACAGGAAAUAAUACUUUCUAUUAUUCAAUGUAUAAUUAUUAAAACUCAAAUGAAAUCAUGUUAAAAGUAUGUCAGUUUUUUAUUGCAUAAUCAUCCUCAUAAUCAUGUAAUACAAUAAGGCUUAUGUGCUCACCUUCAUUUCAGUUUGCUACGUACAUGUUUGUUAUAUUUAGAUAAGGCACAAUAUAUUCAUAAUAAAAAAAUAUACAUUUUAAUAUACAGAAGGAAAUGUUCACGCACAUUUUCUAGUGAAAAAUAUCUAAUAAACUGCUAUCAUUCCGAAUUCGUUAUAUUCAAAGGUUUAUUAGAACUAAACUCACGCUUGAAAAUAAGGACAAUUACUUCUUUUAUUUUGUUGGAUUUAACGUCGCACAGAGACAUGAUAGGUCAUAUGGCGACUUUCUAGCUUUAAUGGUGGAGAAAUUAUUUCAUCACGAGCGGGCACCUGGGUAGAACCACCGACCUUCCGUAAGCCAGCUGGAUGGCUUCCUUACAUGAAGAAUUCAACGCCCCGAGUGAGGCUCGAACCCACAUCGAUGAGGGGCAAGUGAUUUGAAGUCAGUGACCUUAACAACUCGGCCACGGAGGCCCCAAACAAUUACUUCAUAGUAUCUAAUAAUAGUGUGAAAAAACAAAAAGUGAGCAUGUUUGUGUGUAUAAACAGUAUUGUGUUUUGUUCUAAAUUAGUACACACUAAUAUAUGGAAGCACAGUAUGAAUGUGUUCUAUCUCUAUAACAAUGCAAGUUUGUUUUAACAAAUGACUGUUUUACAUGACAUCUACUUGCGAACAAAUUGAUACAUUUAAUGAGGAUGUUCUACAUUUAAAUUUAGUUUUUUAAAACUAAAGUAGUGAAAAAUGCAAAUUAGAUAUCUUUAAUUUCGACCAGUUUUACCCCGAAAGCAAAGUAUUUUCGGAAAGCGAAAUAGAAACAUAUUGAUUUAG